AUGACAAAUAAAAGCAAUAGUAUGCCAACAUUAGUGGUUGUUGAACAAUAUAUGUCAAUAUAUGGACCAUUUAUUUUAACUGCACUUGGAAUAAUUGGUAAUACACUUUCAAUAUUAAUAUUUUUAUCACCACGAUAUCGUCGACAAUCAUCUCAUUUUUAUCUAUUAUCCCUUGCUUUAAGUGAUCUUUGUUUUCUUAUUAUAAAUCUUCUCGAAGAUACAUUUCGUAAUCAUAAUGAAUUAUAUAAAUCACGUAUAAAUUUUCUUGAUCGUAGUUCAUCUAUUAUUUGUAUACUUGCUCAAUACACAAGAAAUGUAACACGUUUAUUAUCAUCAUGGAUUAUUGUUUCGUUUACAAUUGAACGUCUUCUUGUUGUAUUUCAUCCAUUACAACGUGGUAUUAUAUGUCGUCGUAAAAUUGCACGUCUUGUUGUUAUUAUUCUUUUCAUAAUAACUCUUAUAUGUAAUAUUAAUGUUCCAUUUCAUUAUGGUAUCAUUAGUGUUGCCAGUCAUUUACCAAAGGACACGAUCUGUGAUAUAUUACCAGAUUAUCGUCGAAUCUAUAUGAGAUUUGCUAUAACGACAAUGAUUGCUGCAUAUUUGCUACCAAUGUGUAUAAUUGGUUUUGUUAAUAUGCUUAUUUGUUGUAAACUUUGGAAAAAUAGUUCAAUAGUAGAAAAAUCUGUAACGGGUAAAGUAACAGAAGAAAGACAUGAUGUAUAUCCUUCAUCUCAACGUUCAUCCGCUAUUGCAGACGUUUUAGCAUGCAUGCGUUUAUCAUCAAGAUCACCAUCAUCAUCAUCAUCCUUUGAAACAAACACGCUACCAUCAAGACGUUAUUCAUCACCAAAUCACUAUCAAUUAAAUAGAAAAUUAUUAAAGCAUAAUAAAAGACUAUCACAGGGUAAUGGUUACUUAGAUAUUGAAACAAUCCGAGAGCGAUCACGAUCACCAUCACGUUCUUUAUCAAAUUAUUCGACAAAUUUUCCUAAUCAAUCAAAAUCUUCUGUAAUUUCAGUAAAAGCUCAUAUUCAAUCACGAACACAUCGUGUAACGGCAACAUUGUUACUUGUAUCUUGUUCAUUUCUCUUAUUAAAUACUCCAUAUUGUGCAGUAUGGAUUGCUAAUUAUGUUCAUGAUUUUAAUAAUAUGACAUUAAAAUCAAUUAAAGAAAUAACUGAAUUAUUUAUGUUAACUAAUUUUUGUAUUAAUUUCCUGUUAUAUUGUGUUAGUGGAAAAGUUUUUCGUAGUGAACUUAUUUGUUUACUUCGUUGUCAUUGGAAAGAAUUAUAUGAUAGAAAUGAAUGUGAACGUAUGAUACAGAGAAAACAUCGUCAAAAUCUUGAAAUUCAAUUAAAUGAAAGAAAAUCAAAAUCACAAUAUUCUCCUCUUCAUCAAAAUAAUCAACAACGCCCUUUGACAAUAUCUUCAUCGGCAUAUUCCAAACAGAUGGCUAUCCCGAAAUGGGAAUGGAACAAAGUUGUUAAUACUGAUUUUUCAGGAAUAUUUACAAUUGAAAGUUUUCACAAUAGCAAAAAUGAUGUAAUUUAUGCUGAAGAUUCUUCUGAAUUUCCUGCUAAUUUAAGAGGAGCACCAAUGUUAAAAUAUCCAAAUGGUGUUAUGUUUUGGAGUGGAAUUUGCACGAGAGGCUUGAUACUUCACGAUGGUCCUAAUAAUUUUAUUCAAUGGUUACAAGAUCAAUAUCAAAAUGAUAAACAUAAAAGAAUGUACAUGACUGAGGAAUUGUAUGCUAGAUUUUUACGUGAAGAAGUUAUUCCAGCAAUUAAUGAAGUAGUGCGAAAUUUGGAUGGAAAUGAUGGAGAUACCAAAUUUGCAGAUGUAUGGCUUAUUGAAAAUAUUUGGGGAAUUAUGGAAGAAAAAACAAGAGGAAAAACAUUUGAAAAUCUUGAUGCAUUAGUUGAUUUUGUUAGUGUAGAAUAA